AUGAUGAACCCAGGAAUCGACGGUUCUGGGAGAAGCGGGGGGGGCGGCGGCUCGGGCCAGCGCAGUCCAGCUAUUCCGCGAUCGUCGCGGUCCGUUGGCGGAAUUGGAAUCGCCGCCUUUGGCGGGGGGAAAGGGGGGCGGAGUAGCGGAGCGGUAGGGAUGACCUCCGGCGUGUUAGGAAGCUCUGGCGGUGCGGCUGGUUCUGACGAAGCGCGGCUUUAUGAUCCAUACGGAGGCGCGGACGCGGCUUUUGGAAACGAGUGGGAAGCUGCCGAACCUGGCAAGGCGUCUCGGCGAGCAGCUUCGGACGGCGAAGCAUCUGGUUUUGUUUCCAAACCUUCGAGUUUGAUCCGGUCCCGAACCUUAGACGCAGAUACGCUAUGCGGGGAGGACGACGACGACCCUAAUAACGCAGGCUCGGGAUCUUCCCCAAGCAGGCCGUCAGGUCCGGACGGGCCGGUUGGGAAUCCACGCCGCCGAACCGAGCGAUCAGGUGCGGGAAACAGACCUGGAACAGGGUCGUACCUGCCGAUAUACCGACAGAUUGGCGUUCCCCGUAGUUCCUCGCACGACCCAGCGAGUCUGUUCGUGCAGAAGCAGCAUCACGCCGGGUUCACCGGGCAGGAGUGGGAAGAAGCUCUUAAAGACGGCAGCGGCGGGGACAGCAGCGGACCGCCAAGCGGCGGAACGAGCUUCGGGCGGAGCAACAGCGGAGGGGGCGGGGGAGGGGGAGGAAGGGCGGCAGGGAGCGCAGUCCCGCGCGGAGGCGGCGGAGCCUUGGGAAUGCCGAGAGGCGGAGCUGGUGCGUCGCCGUUUUCCAUUCAGGGGAAGGUGGUAUCCGGGGCAGGGCGAUCUAUGAUGAUGCCUCCGCGCAACUCGUCCGUCCCCGCGUCGUUGCCCACGCAUAAAGGCACCGCCACGGGGCUGCAAGACUCCGCGCGCGGAGGCGGCGGAGCCGGCGGAAGGCAGCUCCGCGCGUUCGCGUCCGCCGCGCCAGGGCGCAUGGACGGCCCCGCCGCCCUGGGGUCGGAGCUGGGCCGGCGCGACUCGUACAAUCUGAUUCUGGACCAGUUUCUGUCAACAGACGGAAACGCUAGCGGCCCAGAUUCGCCCGGUAUGGGAAUGGGGCCGGAGGAGAGGAGGGGACCGGCCGAAAUUGGCGCGGGGGUGGAGUUACGUAGGGUUGUAACGACGGGGAGGCAGCAGAGAGCGGAAAGGGGUGGAGCGGAUGUUUUGGUGGUAGAGAGCGGUGGAGAUGGUGGGAACGCGGACGGGAGUGUGCACGGCGGAGGCAGGAUGCAUGGAGGGAUUCGGCUGCAUGGGAGUAAUAGUUUCCAUGGGCAUCCCAGCAGUGGUGGUGCUGGUGGUGCUGGUGGUGGGGGUUACGAUGGCAAUAGCAGCACAACAGCAACCACUGCCCCUGCUGCUGCUGGUGCUGCUGGUGGUGUUGCUGGUGGUGCGGCUAGUGCUGCUCCGUCAGCAAUAAGCCACUCCUCCUACCCCGCGCACCACCCAGCCUAUAGGCAAUUCCCCCGUUCCUCCAGUGAUAGCGGGAGAAAAUCCUCCCCCAGUCGUCGGAGCCCUAGCAGCAGCCCCAGCCACGGCGUGGGGGGCAUAGGCGGAAGCAACCUUGCGCCUCCCCCGCUAGUCUCCCCCCACCAUCACCUGGACGGGGGGCCGGGGCUGGGUAUGGGGGCGCAUAGCGCCGCGAGCAGCUGGACUGGCGGAGGGAUGGGCGGAGGCGUUGUGGGGGGAUUUGGGGGAGCAGCAGCAGCAGCAGGAGGAGGAGGAGCAGGGGCAGCAGGGGCAGGAAACGUUGUUCUGGCAGGGUUUGAGAAGCCAAGAGGGGUUUCGCCUACGAGAGGAGCCGGGUCUAUGCUCGUAGCAUCGUCGUCUGGUAGUCCCUUGCGCAAUUCCUCCCCCUCCCGCCGAAGCCUCUCGACAGGAUCGGUGGGAGAGGGCACGGAUUACAGCAGUAGUUUUGAGAGUUACUCCACUGCUGCUGGCGCUGACGUGGCACGAGAUGGCACGGAUGGGGACUCGGACAACGGGCAGGUGAACGGGCAGCGGAAAAUUCGGGGGCAGGCGCCGGGAGGGAGUGGGAACGGGAGGCAGAAGCACAGACGAGCUGUUAGCGAUAAUGAGUGUGCUCAACCAGGGGAGGUGGAGUCUGGGGAGGGGGAAGAGGGGGGGAGAGGGGGUGUGGGGGAGGGAUGGGCGGAUGGACAGGCGGAGAGGGGCAUGGGAGGGAGAAGAGGGGGCGGAGAGGAUGGAGCAAUGCAUGGGGGCGGUUGGGGUGAGGGGGGUGAGGAAGAGGGGGCAGAUGUUGGGGAGAUUUCAUUUGGGCGGCAGCAAUCAGUGGCGGAGAUAGGGAAUUGCGGAGGUAUGGGAGGAGGGGGAGGGCAAGAAGUCGAGGGGGGAGAGGAAGGCGAGAGUGACUCAGGCAGUGUGGUGGAGUGGGCUUUAGCAGGGUCGCCCCAGAGCAUCUCGGCUGUAGCCGAGGCGGCAGAGGGGGGGCGGGGAGGUGGAGGGGGGAGGGAGGCGGAAGGAAGCUUCCUGCGCAGAGGCAGCGGCGGUAGAGCAGUAGCAGCAGCGCCAGCAGCAGCAAGGGCGGGAGCAGGGGGAGCAGCCGAAGGUGGCUUGGGUAGAGCUACAGGCGGAGGAACAGGUGGGGGCGGUUUAGCUGCAGGAGAGGGGGAGGGCGCAUCUGGAGCAGGCGCAUCUGCAGCAGGCGCAUCUCAUCUCGGUUGGGGCGGCUUUCCGCGUCUCAACCUGGAGAUUGCGAGCCUUCAGUCAUUCUCAGAUGAGGAGAACCCCAUGGGCAAGCAGUAUGCGUUGACUGCGGACGACUGGCUUGACUACGACCCCCCUGGAGAUGCUCUGCUGAGAAGAUGUGUGCACCGUGCGUCUGGGAGUCUGUUCACCUGCCGCACCAUUUCCAAGCAGAGCAUUCGGUCGCAGCAGCAGGCGGAGGCCAUCGGGGUGGAGGUGGCAGUGUUGGAGGUGCUGCAGCCGCAUGAUCACAUCAUUGGGCUCCGAGACAAGUUUGAGAGCCUCACGUCGGUGCAUCUGAUUCUAGACCCCUUAUCGCGCCUCUCUCUGCAUGACCGCAUGCGCCAGCACGGCCCCAUCCCUCAGCACCACGCUGCACCGCUCUGCCUCGCGCUGCUGCACGCGCUGCACCACUGCCACUCCCAGGGGGUGGCCCACCGAAACCUCACGCCCCACGCUGUCGUGUUCCCUGCUGACGACAGCCCGCUGGGGGAUGCCAGGCUGUGUGGGUUCGAGUGCGCUGCGUUUGUCACCCCUGGAGUCCCCUUUUCAGACCCAGUAACAUCGCCCUUGUUCGCAGCACCCGAAGUGCACGCGGGGAUGUAUGGCACACAGGCCGACCUCUGGUCUCUCGGGAUCCUCCUCUUCCUCCUCCUCUGCGGAGUGCCGCCCUUCUGGGCGGCCACGGGCGGCGGGAUUCGGCGCGCAGUGCAGCAGCAGCAGGUGGCGUUCCUGUCUCCCAGGUGGAAGGACGUGUCAGAUGAAAUGAAGCAGCUGCUGCUGAUGCUGCUCGAGAAAAACCCUUCAGACCGGCUCACCGCAGCCGAGGCUCUAGAGGUGGGGAUUCGGCGCGCAGUGCAGCAGCAGCAGCAGCAGGUGGUGUUCCUGUCGCCCCGGCUGACAGCUGCUGAUGCUCUAGCGCCUGCUGCUGCUGCUGCUGCUGCUGCUGCUGCUGCUGCUUGA